AUACCAGAUGGGAGGUAAACAAAAGAAUUUAUUGAAAGUGAAACUGAAACUGAGGCCCGUCGUUUAGGCAGAUGAUCUCGGCCUUAAAUGGCACACAAUUCCCACUCCAUAUAUCACCGAAAACUGGCUGGAUCGCUCGAUAAUCGAAAGUCCAACUUGAAUGUGUAACACUGAUGAGCCAUCCCCCUCACUACCCCCCCUCCAUUGGAGAUCUUAGCCCACUUUGCCGUCCAGUGCUCAUGAUUUAUGCUCGAGUGUGGGCCCCACUUCAGAGCUGUCCGUCUGAGUGGCCCAAGCGGCGGCAAUCAUUCAGAACAGAACGCGCGCUUUGUGGCUAUAAAAGCCAUUGUCUGCAGCCCAGAGCGGCCCACAAUUUACGCAGAUUAAGAUUGGGAUGAAGAUGAAGCUGCUGUGGCUUUUGGUUGCGUGGCUAUCAUCGCUGGUCGGCGCCCGGCAGGUGGGCAGAUGCAGCCUGGCCCGCCAGCUCUAUCGGUAUGGUGUGCCCUACGGCGAGCUGCCCGACUGGCUGUGCCUUGUGGAGGGCGAGAGCUCGUUCAACAGCAGGGCCAUCAAUCCCUCCAAUGUGGAUGGCUCCGUCGACUGGGGCCUCUUCCAGAUCAACGACAGAUACUGGUGCAAGCCGGCGGACGGGCGUCCCUCCACGGAUCUCUGCCGUCUGCCCUGCCGCCUGUUGCUCAGCGACGACAUCAGGUACUCCAUUGCCUGUGCCAAGUACAUCAGGCGCCAGCAGGGAUUCUCCGCCUGGGUUGCAUGGAACAACCGCUGCCAGGGCAUCAAGCCGAAUGUGAACCAUUGCUUUAGAAGGAGGUACAGGAACAGAUCGGGCUGAUCAACAUGCUAUUCUCCAUUUACUGAA